AUAACGAUAAUUGAAUUUCGAGAUAUUUGUUAAUUUACCGGGCUGAAAAUGGAAGACUUGGACGACGACUCGUUUGACGAUGUUUUGGCUUGCAUGGAUAUACCCCCAGCGCCAAAGCAAACUAAAAUACAACCGGCGACUGAGACAGCAACUACUAGCAGUUCCACCGCUACUACCAGUACCGGAACAGUUAAAGCAGCACCAUCAAAUCCUCACAGCGUUUUAGUGCACACCAAGCAACGCGGUAAUCCAAUUCUAAAAUCCAUUUUAAAUGUGCCUCUGGAGUAUAGGGAUGAUAUAAUACCAGACUAUGUGGUGGGUCGCACUGCCUGCAUACUGUUCCUAUCGCUUAAAUAUCACAAUCUCAACCCGGAUUACAUAUGCCAACGUCUUAAAGCCCUGGGCAAAUUAUAUGAGCUGCGCGUACUGCUCGUCCAGGUGGACACACCGGAGCCCCAUAAUGCGCUUAAAAGUUUAACGCGCAUUUCCCUGUUAGCCGAUUUAACAAUGAUGUUGGCCUGGAAUGCCGACGAGGCGGGCAAAAUAAUAGAAACUUACAAGCAAUUCGAAAAACGCUCCCCAGACUUGAUUAUGGAGCGUGUGGAGUCCAAUCCGCAUCAGAAGCUUGUAGCGGCUUUGACCAAUAUUAAGCCGGUGAACAAAACAGAUGCUGUGACCUUGCUGCAGAUCUUUGGCAAUCUUGAGAAUCUUAUCAAUGCCAGCGAGGAGCGCCUAUCGCAGGUCAUGGGCUUGGGGCCGCGCAAGGCCAAAAAAUUGUACAAAACACUGCAUGAACCAUUUCUUAGCAAAUAGGCCAAGUUAUUUAUUACAAUAUAUCCAUUACUAAU